AUGGCGUCUUUCGUUCUUUGCCUUUCCGCAACUGUGCUGUUCGUUCAGUCCACAGUCGCUUCAAACUGCACUAAGAAACCGAUAUAUGUCGAUAUCCACAAGCGAGCCGUACACGAUUCGUCAGUCUUCCAAUAUGGAUCCUUCAUCGGACUAGGAACGCCAGCACAAAACCAGAGUCUUUGGCCGUCACUACAACAAAACCAUGUCUCGUUUGCGUCAAACAACUACUGCAAAGAUACAAACACAACACUCAAGGAUUGCGAUACACAUACAGGGGGUUUCUUCAACGAUCGAGAUUCGGAUAGUUUCGAGAAAGAAGAUAACUUCCAAACCUUGGACGAUGACCAGAAAGAAUUCACGGGAUUCUUCGGUCGAGAGACCCUACGACUAUAUACACACUACUUCGAGACGGAUGGCGCGUCGCAGACGUUACUACAGAACACCACCAUCGAAGUCGCAGAAUCAGGGUCAAUCACGCCUGGAAGAGUUGGUGUGGGAUCGUCUUCAACAGUACUACGGGAUCUCGUUGCGCAGGACAUCAUUGCCGGUAAAACAUACUCACUCUAUAUCGGACAGGGUUUUGAACGAGCUGGAGGUGCAGUCAACGGUAGCAACGUCUUUGGUGGAUACGACUCUGGUCGUUUCACGGGAGAGCCACACAAAUACUCAAUGAACAUCAGCAACCCGAACCCGAUGAGCGUUCGCAUCAAAGACAUUGUUAUCACCAACACGGAAGACAACGCAAACGUAUCGCUCUUCGACAACACAGUCUUCACUAACAUGAAGACGCGGGCAGAGGACUUCGAGGCCCAAAUCACGACUGAACAGUUUCCAUUUUCUCUACCCUACCGGAUUACCCAGAACUUCAUCAAGCAACUAGGUGCUGAACAGGAUAACAAGUGGGGUGACAACUCAUUGAGAUUGAAGAACGCUUUCAACGGCUCACUCUCGAUUGUGCUCGAAGAUGGUUUUACUGUCACUCUCCCACCAGAAGUCCUCAUGAACGCUUCCAACAUCACGCCUAUACAAGAUCGCGAGGAGUCGGCAGAAACGCCAUUCUAUCUCGGCACCGCGUUCCUAGGCCAGGUCUACCUGAUGGCGGACUACGAGGCCAACAACUUUUUCCUUGCUGAAGCUAUUCAGAAGAACAACAUGGUCAUGCCAGCAACCUUCUGCCCUAAAUCAACCCCUGUAGCCUACCAACGCCCCAAACAGUCCGCAUGGCAAAGCCAAGGCCUCAUUGGCGCUGUCAUCGGUGGUGUUGUAGGCGGCAUUGGCAUCAUUUGUGCAAGCUACUGUAUCUGGAUAACAUGGAUGCGUAAGAAGGAUGAGCGGAAUCUGAAGAGAGAACUGAAGCGAAACUCUCAAAGAAAGAUGGAGCAGAUGGACAUUGAAGAGGCACAGCCGAAGUUUGAUCCACCGCCACGGAGCGUGAAUGCAGCGAAGGCUAUGUUCUGGAGGAAGAACAAGCCUGGGUUGACUUUCUGA